CGUUGGUGUUGUUGUUGGCGGCGGUGGUGGUAGUGGUGGUGGUGGUAGAUUUAGUGAUGGGGAAUCGGCACCCGGUAGAUGAAAUCACCACAGGCCAGUUUGUUCCUGACUGACUGACUGAUUGUGUGAGCCUUGUUCUAGUCUAGCGGGGUGUGUGGAUUGUUUGCGGUAUGCUCACAUUCUCCGUCACUUUGCUUCAGGAUAAUAAAGACUAAAGUUAGCAGGCGCUCACGGAGAGCUACUCUUCACACAAACAUGGCGGAGACGGAUUCAAACUCGAGAACGACCAGUCGGCAUCGGAAAAAGACACACGCCGCUGUUCAGAAUUCUCAAACGACAGACGAACCGGAACCAGAUUCGUCGAAAGUGGUUGAGAAUGAAUUAGAAGAAGAAGGGGAGGACGAUAUUGUUCAUCAAAUGCGGUGUAUCGUAAGAAAAGGAAGAAAACUCCACCUCUCAGACAAAGACAUACAGGAUCUGUUCCUCCUCUCUCCCGUCAACCGGUUGGUGUUGACCUACUUUCCACGUCACUUCUCAGCCUUACGGAAACAGCAGACGCGCGUCCAUCGAGCUCUGAGCACAAAAACGAUGUCCAGGAAGAAAGUGUUCUGGAGUUGUGUGUGUCUGGUCGCUGUUGUUCUGUUGUUCUCCUCCCUGCCAGACUUUGUGGAUCUCCUGCGAGAGUCAGACUGUCUCCUCUCCUCCAACCAUCUCCUGGACGAAAUGUUCCGCCCGCCCAUGCCUUGCGACGUCUGCCGACAGCUGGACUCCGUACCGGAAGUGCAGAACAUCAGCCGGGACGACUUCCGGCGGAACUACGCCUACUCGGGAGUUCCGGUGGUGGUGAGGGGGGCAGCCAGGAGGUCAUUCGCCAACGUCACGUAGGAAAUUCUGUUAUUAUUUUGGCGUUUCUGUUACUAUAAGUAGAACCUAGUGUUACUGUAUGCAGCCACUUAGGAUUUUGUUACUAUAUGACUCUUUGUUACUAUAUAUAGCUCUCAGUGCUUCUGUUACUAUAAACAGAACCUAGUAUCUCUGUUACUUUGUAAGGUCCGUAAGGGUUCUGUUACUAUGAAUGGUUGCUUUUAAGCUCAAGGCGGCAUGAUCCCGAAAAAUGCUGU